CCUCUGUGCCCGCUGUGCCCACCGCGCCGCCGCAGCGCAGCCUCCCGCCGGCUGUACGCUCCAGGUCUCAAUGAGGAGCCUAAACAUGGAGACGUUCAAGCAGCAGAAAGUGGAGGACUUUUACGACAUCGGAGAGGAGCUGGGGAGCGGCCAGUUUGCCAUCGUGAAGAAAUGCCGAGAGAAGAGCACGGGGCUGGAGUACGCAGCCAAGUUCAUCAAGAAGCGGCAGAGCCGGGCCAGCCGGCGGGGCGUGUGCCGGGAGGAGAUUGAGCGGGAAGUGAGCAUCCUGCGGCAGGUGCUGCACCCCAACGUCAUCACACUGCACGACGUCUUCGAGAACCGCACGGAUGUGGUGCUCAUCCUUGAGCUAGUGUCCGGCGGGGAGCUCUUCGACUUCCUGGCACAGAAGGAGUCGCUGAGUGAGGAGGAGGCCACCAGCUUCAUUAAGCAGAUCCUGGACGGGGUGAACUACCUUCACGCCAAGAAAAUUGCUCACUUCGAUCUCAAGCCAGAAAACAUUAUGUUGUUAGACAAGAAUAUUCCCAUUCCACACAUCAAGCUGAUUGACUUUGGCCUGGCUCAUGAAAUAGAAGAUGGAGUAGAAUUUAAGAACAUUUUUGGGACACCAGAAUUUGUUGCUCCAGAAAUUGUGAACUACGAGCCCCUGGGACUGGAGGCUGACAUGUGGAGCAUAGGUGUCAUCACCUACAUCCUCCUAAGUGGAGCGUCCCCUUUCCUGGGAGACACGAAGCAGGAAACGCUGGCAAAUAUCACAGCAGUGAGUUAUGACUUUGAUGAGGAAUUCUUCAGCCAGACCAGCGAGCUGGCCAAGGACUUCAUUCGGAAGCUUCUAGUUAAAGAGACCCGGAAACGGCUCACAAUCGAAGAGGCUCUCAGACACCCCUGGAUCAUGUCCAAAGGAGAAGUCAGAACCCCAGAACAGCAGAAGACAGAGCCUGCCCAGCUGAAGACCAAGCGCCUGAGGGAGUACACCCUCAAAUGCCACUCGAGCAUGCCCCCCAACAACACCUACGUCAACUUCGAGCGUUUUGCUCGCGUGGUAGAGGACGUGGCUCAGGUGGACCAGGGAUGCCGUGCCCUGGCAGAGGCCCAUGAUACCAUCCAGGACGAUGUGGAGACCCUGGUCUCUAUCUACAAUGAGAAGGAGGCUUGGUACCGAGAGGAGAGUGAGAGUGCCCGGCAAGACCUGUCCCAGCUCAGGUAUGAGUUCCGCAAAGUGGAGUCCUUGAAGAAGCUCCUUCGAGAAGACAUCCGGGCCACAGGGUCCAGCCUCGGGAGCAUGGCCAGGAAAUUGGACCAUCUGCAGGCGCAGUUUGAGGCUCUGAGGCAAGAGCUCUCGGCAGACCUACAGUGGAUCCAGGAACUGAUGGGCAGCUUCCAGUUGGAGAGCGGGAGCACAGAUGGCAUGGGCUCCAUGUUCCACCAGGACACCAGUGAGUCUCUAGUGGAGCUGUUCAACAGAUCCUGCAGCGAGGAAUUCUUGGCCAGCUUGAAGCUCUGA